CGGCAGGGAAGUCAUAGGAACGUUGGCCCAUCCACUGCUCUCUCACGAAUUAUUUCUUCUGUUAAAUGUCGCAAAUUCUGAGUUGAUGCUGUAAAUGUCAUUUGUACCAUUCGGCGUGUAGGAUUUCAGGCAGAAUCGUGGAUUACUGAUCGGAUGUAAACAUGAGUAGAUCAACGCUGUAGGUCAUUCAACAGAUGAGUCAUUCUCAAUUUCCAUAACCAUUUCCAGGGCUUGCGUUAUCGGCGGUAUUGUUCUAUUUGCCGAGAGGAGCUCUAUCUCCAUCUAUUUUUGAGUUUUGAACUUUGACCCCCAGUCCAGUAGGGGAAUCCCCCCGACUCUCCAGCAAUCAUGUCUGAGAUCAAGGAUAGAAGUAGGUCACGAUGGACCUUCAGGUCGUGGCGGAUGAAGUCCAUGAGGAAGAAAAACAAGAACAGGCAACAGCCUUCAACAGCUUGUGAUGACAGUCAGAUCAUGUACAGUACAGAAACUAACAAGGAUGAGGAAGGGAAGACCAGCGAAAAGAUCACCGUGACGACGUCGCCCGCCGACAAGAAGUCCAAGAAGAUGUCGUUAUCGAAGCUAUUCAGACCGUGGAAGUGGAGGAAGAAGAGGAAGUCUGGAGAUGAUGGAAAGCAAGCUGAGACUGAAACAGAAAAUCACAUUCCCGGAGAGAAUGGAGGAGCAGAAAGACUUCAAGGAGAUGGAGGUGGAGAUUCUUCCGAUCCUGCCGUCACUCAGGCUGAAAUCAACAACGAUGUUGACCCAACGAAGACAGGCGGUCAACCCGUUGCCAAUGUGACCGCAUCCGGGGAUAGAGGUACCGGUACCCCUUCAAAGUUCAAGGGUCCUGUGGCAUUACCCGUAUCUUCAAAAGGAAAGAGCUCCCCCUCAUUACCAGCGAAAAAGGGCAAACCGAUGAUAAAAACGCCAGGUAAAAAUAACAAAGCCAAAGGAACACCACCCACUGUGAAAGGGAGAGGGGCCAAAAACUCACCAGCAGUAGCCCCAAAGAAACUCAACUUUGACACAGGAGUAGAAUCCAUUCCAGCCCAAUGCAACGGAGACGUAUCACACGACAGUAGCUCCACCAGCGACUACGAUAACCACGCAAGGCAAGACGAUGAUGACGAUAGUGACAUAGAGGAGGAGUAUUGCACUUCACUCGCGGCCAAAGUUAAGAGGAAUAACUCGCUUGCCAUCAAGCUUGAAAACAGACCAAGCAUUAAGAUUCUGGAAGAAAGGAAUAUCAUCCCGAGGAGAACAGAUGAUGCUAAGAAGAUAGAUAAGGAUAAGAUUGGUGCUGCACUUGUAAGGAGGCUGAGUCAAAGACCAACCCAGGAAGAGCUGGAACAAAGGAAUAUAUACAGAGAACAGUCACAAAUUGAUGCAGCGAAAGCGGCAAGGGAGGAGAAAAAGAAAACACUCACAAGAAAGUUGAGCGUGAGACCAACAGUAGACGAGCUAAGGAAUCGAAAUAUCAUCAACUUUAACGAGUAUGUGGAGGUUAUAGAAGCAGUAGACUACGAUAGAAAAGGAGACAAACCGUGGACGAGGUUAACGCCACAAGACAAGGCUUACAUCCGUAAGGAGUUGAACGACUUCAAGAGCACUGAGAUGAAUGUACAUGAAGAUAGUAAAAAAUUUACCAGGUUCCAUAGACCUUAGCCCAUGGAGCAUAUUGACAAGAAACUCUUACAUGCAUGUGUGUCAUGGAACAAUACAAAAUAUGACGCCAUACAUGAUUGGACCAUACAAUGUAUGGUGGUGCCUAGGGCUGUAGUACGCGAUUUGUGAUUGGUCAGUGUGGGAGCAGCAGCACAGUUCUGGAAUAUUAAAGUAGGGGGAGUCCUGCGAAGCAUGAACUCUUGAAUGAAACAGAGCUUCUGAUUGGAUAAAAGCCCUGCUUAGAGCAAGAUGCUCUCGAGAUCGACACAUGCGAUUGGUCACAGCUAGGAUUAUGACGAUGCCAUUGGAUCAGACCAAGAAUUGUAUUUUUGUGCGUGUCGGUUUGUUUGUGCGUUGUAUGCGAAAAUAAGAGAGACCAACAGAUUUUUUACGAGACAUUUGCAGAGCUUCAUCACCGAGCCUUGAAGAGCCGCUGGUGCUGAUUUAGUUGCAGACUGAAGAAAGAUAUUUGACGCUGACCAGCAAUGGCAUGAAAUGUAUAAAUUUGAAACAAAAAAAAGUGUGUCCAAUGUUGUUUUAAAAGUCGGCAGCAAUGCAGUGCUGAAAAACUUGAGCUCUACUGAUGAACUUUUUGUAUGGUAGUAGAGAAUUCAACAGUAUGAAGAAAAAAAUUGUAUAAAAAAAUGAGUUUUUAAAGAAUUUUCAAUUACUCCAGAUUAUAAUCCACCAAUAGAAUAGAUAAGGUAAUGCAUUUGUACAUGUAAUAUCACGUUUGAAGGUUUUACCUACUGGCAUUCGUUAUCUUGUUCAAUGGUAAUUUUUAGAGAUGAAAGAACAAGAUGGCCGCCUCAUCCGCUAAAACGGUGCAACAGAAUAGAGACUUUUGCAGCGUCCUACCUGAAUGAGACCAUAGUGGGGUUAUCAACUUGGAACACUCAAACAUUCAUUGUGUUGUAGUUGGUAUUAAAUGUAUUGAACAAAGUACCUAUUAGUUUACAAGCUUCCAUUACAAGUUACAUAAAGCAGUUUAUCAAUGAACUGCAUUUCAAACUAUGGCUUUAAGGGAUGCAUAUAAACCAAACAGUGGAGGAAAUGACGAAAUUGUGUGCUUCUUUCCUGUGAUGGUAAUAAAUAGGGAAUACAUCUGGCGGAAGUAAAUUUGUGAAGUGUAAUUGCAAGUGUAUUUGUAUACUGUAGUAAUCAUGAGCAUCGAACAAUCAUCCAGUAAAUAUAGAGUUUCAGUUGAGUGUUAGUUACGGGCAAACUUGCUUUUAAAAUUUUACCCACUAAAGUACACAUAGAUUCUGUUGAUUUUAGAGGAUUUAUAGGCAUAAUUUUGAUAGCAACAUUUUACAAUGCAAGCAUGUACAUGAGGCUUUUGUUUAUAGGCCUUUGCAGUAAAACUCUGCUAUUCGAAAGGUUUGAGGGGAAGAAAAUAGUCCCUCGACUUUGCACAAUUUGCAGCCCUUUGCCAAAAACAUUGACUCUUCCACAACAGUGUAAUCCUAAAAUUCAUGAAAUAUGUUUAAUAAUUCUCUUCUCCACUCUCUUCAUUUAAAAAAAUUGGUUUGUAUUGUUUUGUUUCUAAAAAGGGUAUUUGUAACAGUUGUAUAUUGUGGUGCCACUGUCUUUGUUUUUGUUUUGUUGCCUUGUUCAUCCAUGGUUUUAAGGGUUUACUGAAUUCACCUCCCCUUACAUGUAGCUCCGUAAAAGAAUGUUAUCAAUGUUUAACUAUUAAGGUAAAGCACUAGGAUGCAGGAAGACUUACAAACUUUAGGUGCAAGAAGGGAUACCAUGCAGAAUGAAGUGUUGAACUGUUUACUUCCAUGCAUAUAUUUUGUACACCUCGCCUUCAUGUACGCGGUGCUUUUUCAAUUAUGUCUCCCCAAACUUAAUUGCAUCUCUUUCAAUAGAUAUUAUACUUAGUAAAAGACACAAGAACGUCCACUCAGUUGUGUGUCUUUAUGAUCGUAGUUUGGCUAGUUAUUCUUGGGUCCAAAGGAAACCAGAAUCUUUCAAAAGUCUAGUAUAAUAAUAAAUAAAAACUGUACCGGACUCAUACAAUAAAAUCACUUCUGAAGAAAUUGAGAGAUAGAUCUAUUUACUAAAAGUAAAGGUAUAUUUUCCUGACACCGUCCUAAAGUUUAUGUUUGUAUAAAAAGAUUGUAUAUUUUGUUUAUAUUAUCUUCAGUUAUUUAGUUAUCUACAUGUAAAAUAGUCCAUCCAUUGUCAUUUUGUAGGUUUUAUGUGCUUCCUUUUGGAAUAUGUAUGUGUGUGGCAUUGUAUUAAUGUAGUUAUUCUGGAUGUGUUGGUUUGCUCAAUUGCUCAAGUCAUUUCUCAAGUUUCUCCUGUUUUGCGUUUUGUUUUGUUGUUGUUUAUCAUUUGCUUGUCCUUCUAAGCUUACUUUGUUUCUCCUUUCCAUUUUCUUUUUAAUCGUCACUUCUUAUUUUAUUCAGACAUGUGUCCUAUUCAACUCAAAUUUAUUUUUAAAUUUUCUUGCUGGUUUCUUUGAUUUUACUGGAAAUUACCUUACACAAUUCAAUGCCUUUUCUUUAUGAUCUGGCUGUUUAAAUUCUGUCAUGUAGUACACAUUUGAAUCAACACUUCUAUUCACAGCUCUGGCUCCCUCUUAUGUUUCAUUUUGUAUCAUUGUCAUGUGUGUACUCCUAUCCAGAGCAAAUACUAGAUUAAACGCCCUAUUCGAUUUACCCUAUUGUAAUCUAAAUCUGAAAGUGAAACUUUGGGGUUGUAUUUACCAGAUUUUGACAAGCCUUUUUAGUUGUUUGCAUGCUUAGCUUGAUCUGUUAUUAUACACAUGGCUUGCAGAAGCUUGGUUUGAGUGAGGUCUAUGCCUGUAAUUAAAAAAGAAAUCCAUAUACAUUUACCCAUUUAUAACUUAACCAAACAAUUCAACAUCUUAAACUCAUAGGAAUAUAUUUUUUUUUUAAUUGAAAGGGGGUCGAGUAACCCUCAAAAAAGUAAUGAUAAUGAUAGGACUAACCCAUAGUUGAUAUGUACUUGUACUUGUAGGAUUUUAAUAACCUUUUAACACCAUAUGCGGAACCAGAAUAUUACUUUAUGUACAUGCAAAUUAACAAGGGAGUGAUUGCUACAUAUACGGCAUACCACAUUAGAAAUGAAAAUACUGGUGGUAAGCCAAGGUUAUUAUCCAUGAGUACAUGUAACAUCAAAUACACCACUGCAAAAUUGUACUCUUUACCAAAUACCACAAUGAAUGUUGGCUCAAAGUUGCAGUGGCUAUAAGAGAGGGCUGGCUACCACACGUAUAUGCAUAUGGCUGCAUUGCCCAUACACACUGUAUUCAUAGCAUAGUUAGCCGACCUAGAGCGUAUAUAUAAUCUUGUUCGUUACGGCCUUAUGUGUAUAUUUAGUCGGCGUCUCUGCAGUGUAUUAUUCAGAUUUGCAUAUUAUAUUUAUGAGCUUCGACAGAUUUCAUAGACGCAAUGGACUGACAUGUACAAGCUUUUCUUGCGAUGCCUUUUUCUUUGUAGAAUAUAGUGAAAGACAUUGAUUUUUUCUGUUUCUGCCAAUAUCGUGUUUUGUUUCUUUGAAUUUAUAUUUUCUAUUUUGAAAUAACUAAUUUUGCUUUUUGUUUCGCUGUUAUUACUAUUUUUCUUUUAUCUGUAUGAUUAGCUGCUUCCAUAGUACAUGUUGUGUAAUAUUUUGUGUUAUUUGCCCAUUAUGGAAUACCAUACUAAUUCAAUCAGACCAGUUCAGGGUUUUCUAAAAAGUGUUAAGACUUUGGAAAUUAAUCCGAUUCUCCUCCUCAAUUUAAGCAACAAUUUGUAUUUCCCACCCUUUCAUUUUUUUAUUUUUUUUUAAAUGUGCAUUGAAACAUGAAUUUGUUUUAAAAACUCAAAUAGAAGUUGCCAAUUUGUACACAAAAAUAGUGAUUAUAAAUUUCACAUGUUGCCAAUUUCAAGACUUCAUUUCUCAUUUUCUACUAAAUCACUUGAAUCACUCUAACUCAUGAUUAGCACAAGUUUGCAUGAAUUAUAUCUAGUUAAUACAGUAGUAUCAGCCACUUUUCUUGUCUUUUGUUCUUUUUCUGUUCGCAUAAUGGGCUGCAUACAUAUACACGACUUGUAGCUGCAUUUUAUUAAUGGAAUAAUGUGUGUACUUGGAUCAUUAAACAUCAUUGAUUCCUUUACCCUGCCCCUUCCCCAAGAAAAACAAUUAAAUAAAGAAAGAAAGUAAGGAUGACUUAAGAUGUAGACGUCGAUUUAUAUUUAAGAGGUUUUUAAAGGACUAUUUUGAUGAAUAGUCUUACCGUAAGUUAGUUUUGUUGGUCCAAAUUUGAUUGCGAGUUUGUAAAUGAUGUAUUUGAUUGUAUUUUAAAAGGUUCCAACAUGCCAUCGUUUUCCUUCAAUUUUAAUCAUAUUCAAAUGUAUGCAAAUUUCUGAUAUAUAUAUAUUUGAGGAAAUGUACUUUGUAACAAAAUGUAAUAUAGAGUUCAAAAGUGUGUAUAAUAAUUGCAUGAAUUUGGGGAACAAAGUGGCUUUUUUUUUUUAGUUGAGACUUUUCGAUGUUUACGGUCUAUUACAGACGACUUUCAAGACGGUUUUAUCUAUUUCAUGAGCUUACAUCUUGCAGACAGAAACU